AUGAGCCAGAGAAUCUACUCAAACGCUCGUGCGACAGUCUUGAUCUGUGCAGACGGAGGGAGCCAAGAAACACAAGACUAUAAAGACCAUGGGUUUGUUCUAUCAGCCUGUACUCAAAAAUUUGCAACUGACUUUAUACCAGCACUUUCGAAAGCUGAUUACAAUCGUAAUUAUGACUUCGCCGCUACCAAUAUCGAUGGAUUGCCUGUCAUUAUCAGAUAUGAGGUAAGGUACCAGGGACCGAACAACUACAGGGUACACGGCAAAGGCCCAGAGACACUCAAAGGAAAGCGGCGAAUCGAAGCCGGCUCUUGUAUCCUCAAGUUUAGAGUAGAGAACUGCUGGGCUUCGGUGACAAAUGGACGUUUCAAGGUCACCUCCGAGGGUGUGGGACACGACCACGUCGAGGUUGAAUUUGAGACCGAACAGUGGAGGGGUGCGGAUUGGGGUUUGCACGCUUGGUACGGAGAAGGUCUGGCGUAUGCUCGGAUCUGA